AGCAAGUGAAAGCUUAUCCCCGUCCCCCCUCUGUGUUUUCUAGGAUGGUACAGUUGUAACGCAAUACCUAUCCAGCUUGUGAUUGGACAGUCUUACGCUCUACCCCCCUCUCAGUGCUGCAGCGAGUGAGGCAUUGUGGGAAACUCCCAGGUUGGGUCCUGCAGAGCAUCCUCUGCGUGCAAAGUGGUGACGCUGGAAGAUUUUGUUCGGCAGAGUCAUCUGAAUGAAUUAGUGUACACAAUCAUUUAUUACUGCUGAGCCUAAAGGAACUAAGCUGUAAGUAGCAGGAUUUCAAAAUGGAGCCAAAGCCAAGAUCCACCAGUGUCAAGAAAGCAGACAAAGGCAACCCAGCCACUAGUGGAGACAAGAAAGAAGGAACUAUCAAAGACCAGCCUAUUCCUACAGCUAAGAAGGCCACCACAGGAGAUACUGCACCUGUCAACCACGAAGACUCAAAACCCACUGUACCUGAGCCUCAGGCACCACCAAGUGUACCAGAGAACAAAGCUGAUGGGGAAGAAAAUGAUUCAUCCAACGGAGCUGCAGAUGGUUCAGGAUUUGAGGGUCUUAAGCCACUGCUGAUGGCUGCAGGAGUGGCUGUUGCUGCUAUUGCUGUUAUUGUGGGUGUUGUGUUCCUAGCCCGCAAAAAAUAAACUAAUAAUUGUACAUUGGAGAAAAUGUAUAGAGAAGUCCAAGCAGAGGCAAAAGUGUAUACCUUCUUCACAGAAUGAUGCAUGCCACAGAAUGGUCACCUCAUCUUUACAUAUGGUCUCACAGAUGUCACAGAGUAGGGGGGAAAUAUCAAGUAUCAAGUUUCAAAAUGGCUGCAAGGCUUAAAAAAAAUAGUUUUCUGUAUGGACAUGGUUUGUAUACAGUUUCAAGUAUCUGUCAUUGCCUUCUUCACUCAACUACACAUACACAUUUUGCCUUUUUAAGACGUUUCCUAUUUUGUUGAGAAGAGGUCUGACUUGCUAAAAAAUAUUUUUAAUUUGUUACUUUAUCUAUACGCUGUUGUUGGUUGGAUUUUCUUUUUUGACACUCUUUUUUGUGUUGUGUUUUUUUGUAUUUUCAGACCUCAAAGGGUAGCGAAGUUAUAUUGUUUGCAUUUGACUUCUGUCUGCUCUAUCUGACUUCUGUUCUAUAUUUAAUUGGUCUUCCUAUAUUAGAAAUUAUUUUUGAAUCCUAAUUAAAACCUUUCCCUCCUUUUAUAAUCA